GAAUCUGUUAGAAAUUCUAUUAAAGAAUCUGCCAGCAAGAAGUUUCCCAUCAUGGGACCCAAUGACUUUGAAUUUGUUAAAGUGCGUCAAAAGAAAAUAACAAGGCUUGAGCUUGGUCCUAAUACAGAGUAUAAUUACUCUGUUGUGAAGAAAAUGGCUGGGCAGGGGAUUUUGUAUGUUAAAGUCAGAGAGGGCUACGAGUUUAUUUAUGGAGAAAGCAAUGGUGAUUCCGAUGAGAACUUGCUUGUCAGUUCUUUCUCAUCGGUGCCCAGUGGUGAUCAGAAUGAUGAGACUAAUCUGAGUGUUGGAAAUAGAGACAAGGCUGAUGACAGUGAACAAGCUGUUGCACUUGUACAUGAAGAACAAACAGCUGAGGGAACCAAUGAAGUUGAAACCACUAACAAACCUGGUGAGUCUGACACUCAAACCUCUGCAGUUGAUGAAUUGGAUCCUUAUGAUUGUUUAAUUCAGGAAAUUACUACAAGAGAGAUGACAGAUCCCGUGGAGAUCUUGAAAUUCCUUCAAGAACGUCUGAUCAAGGGAAGAAAAUUAGAUGUUGCUGAUGGAGAUAACAGCACAGCACCUGAUCCUGAAGACCCGAAAAACACAACAAACUACAUUUGCGUGGAUCGAGAAAACAUUUUGCAAUCAACACUUGCUGAAUUACAAUCUAUUGAGGAUUUCUCAGUCACAUUUGAAGUUGAUUUUAUGGGAGAAGUUGCCAAAGACUAUGGAGGUCCUCGCAAAGAGUGGAUUCGCUUGGUCAAUUCAGCAAUGAAAACAAAGUACUUUGAUAAUGGUCUUAGAGAGUUCCUUGCAGAUGAUAAUUAUUAUGUAGGAGUCAUGAUGGGAAUUGCCUUGUUGCAGAAUGGCCAGUUGCCCACAAUCUUACCUUUAGACAUAGUUGAGUCACUUACACAGCCAAGUUUGAACAUGUGUGUUUCCAACCUUCAGAAAGGUCUGAACAAGUUUGGGUUGAUAAAGAUCUUCCAGAGCAAUCCAGUACUUCUUCACCUUCUGAGACCCAGUAACACACAAUUAACUGCAAAGAUCCUCAUUCAGCUUCUAAAUCCAGUGUUUUCACCAGAGGGUUCUACUGCGUACUCCAGAGAAAAGGAGGUCUAUGACCUUUUUAUUAAGUACAUCAGACAAGUGGCUAGUGGAAGGCGACCCCCACUGACAUUAAGUUCUAUAUUAAUCUUCAUUACUGGAGCAGCAGAAGAGCCUGUCCUUGGCUUUACUCAGCAGCCAACCAUUACUUUUGUCAAAGGGCAAGUUAAUGAUCAGGCAUCAGGACAGAAUGAAUUCUUCUUCAUACCUACUGCACACACUUGCAGCAACAGCUUGGUCCUCCCAAGGGGUGCACUUCUUGGAAUCUUACCCUCAGAGGAAAAGUUGUUUGCCAUUUAUGACCUUGCCUUUGCAAAUAGGCACUUUGGAUUUAUGUGAACUGGGACAGUUUUACAUAAUUUGACAAUUACCUCCACCAUCAACGUGAAAGGUCAUUUACACUCCAAGAUGGUUGCUGCUGCUUCCCAGAUUUUGCACACCAGAGUUUCUACCUGUUGACUGGGUACGCAUCAGAAUUUGUUCUAAAAUUUACAUUUGAUUGAACACACUAUAAACAUUCAUGAUUUGAAAUUUCUUUGUAUUCAAUUAAGCCCAGUUUACUCAAGCAUUUUUAUGUGACAGUUUUUGAGUGGCAAUCCCUACUUGCUAGUGUAGAUGAGGAAAAUUAGCCAAUUUUUAUGUGACAAACGUAUUCGUUUAAAAGCUGUGCAUAUCUCUGCUGUCCAAUCAUUACAGGCACACUAACCUUUGAACUGUCAACAAAAUUUUGCUGUGCCAUGUACACACUCAAACAUAUUUCUCACAUAAACACUGCUUGUGUAAACCUGGCUUUA